AUGCAGACUCAAAAGUGCAAUAGGGGCUCACAGGAUUUAACAAUAAUGGGUGUUACAGGCCUUUGGCAGGCAGUUGCUCCAGCAGCAAAGAAAUAUUCUCUGCAAGAGCUCACGGUCAACCACAUGUUUAAUCCGGAUGGCACAAAAUGCUCUGAGCAUCCAUUCAGGAUUGGUGUUGAUGCCAGUCUUGGACUUAAGUAUUUUUACCUGUGUGGGCAGAACCCAGAGUUGAGGACACUCUUUUACAAGUUAGCACACCUGUAUCACACCCCAGCCAACAUCCUCUUUGUCUUCAAUGGCCCGCAAAAGCCAGCAAUCAAGCGGGGCAAGAAGGUUGUCACUAUUCCACCAUGGCUUACAACGUACUUCAAGGACUUUGCUAGUGCUUUCGGAUUUCGGACACAUGAGGCAGCAGGCAAGGCAGAGGCAGAGCUAGCUGCCCUCAAUCAGCUAGGGGUUAUUGAUGCUGUCUGGACUGAGGAUAGUGAUGUUGACAAUGACAAUGACAAGUCCGUUCUAAUGUAUUCUGCUAAUGGUUUGGCACAAGAGUCCACUGUUGCAUUGACAAAGGGUGGGCUACUGCUAAUGGCCCUCUUCUGUGGUGGAGAUUACGAUAAUGGCCUCUCACGUUGUGGAUGGAAGACAACUUGUGUGCUUGCUCAACAUGGUGUUGGAGAUGAGCUGCUACAUGCAGCAACCACUACCAUGAAUGAGGAUGAUCUUACCACAUUCCUUGGACCUUGGGUCAAGCAUGUCUGUGAUCUCCUCACCAAGAUGGGCUCUGUUGUCCUGGCAUAUGUUAAGCCCUCGAUCACAUUCAUGUGUGCCAAUCCUGGGCCUCCUCAAGCCUUGUCAAUGCUGCUCAGAACUGACCUGGAACGACUGGCUUUCCUGUGCAAGUUCUGCUUUGGGUGGUCUAGAGGUGGACCACCCAUCCCAGUCCAUGCCAUUGAAUCUUCUGGUACACUCAGAAAGCUGAAGAACCUGGUCUAUGAGGGAGUUUGUAUUUGCAAUCUAUGUGGUAUGGACAGAGCAGACUCAGACACUCUAGGUAACAUAUGCCCCCAGGGUCCAUCUGAGUCUUCUUCCAAGUCAUGUCCAGUGCGGCAGGGCUUCACAUGCUCGAUUCAGUUCUCUGUAUUCAGCUCACAAUGCAAAGAUGCUGCCUCAGGACAGGUACUGGUACAGCACCGCUUGGAGAUUGACACCACGCCAUUAGUGCUCCCUGCAAAACGUGGUGUUGCUCAAGUACUGAGCAUGCCAGAUGGUGUUCCCCAGGCUGGAUUAUUUGCAGAUUCUGCACCCAGCACUCACCCAGCACCAAGCACUCACUGGGUCUGGAUGCCAGAUCCGGUGGUCAGGUUUGCACUCCCAGGUUUGCUCGCAACUGGGCUGAUGAAGCAUGACACUGAGGAACCAAGCCAUUCUGCACACCAAAGGCCAAGUCAUGGCAAGGAGAUGAUUGAACUCACAGACAGUGAUUCUGAGACUGAAAGAGAGAUCAUUGAACUUACAGAUAGCAAUUCCAAGACUGAGAGGAAGAAUAGUAGCAGUGGUGGCCACACAUUUGACUUGGGCGUCAUUGAGCUCACAGAUUCAGAAUAA